GUACGGGUAGGUAGCAAGCGAGCACCGAACGCUCUGGCCGUCGAAACCAACUCCGCUUGUCGUCUGAAGAAAGUGAAAAGUGGUUUUUCUCAUUCAUUGAGCGUGCGGGCAGGAAAAGUAAACACACUGUCAGAUUGGCAUAGUACGUCGGGUGGGUAAGAUCGCAGUUCGCGCAUCGGGGGUUCUGGUGUUUGUUCGGUGUUAUCGUUUUCGGUUUUUUAACGUAACCCGUUUUGUUGGUGUUUUCCGGAAAUUGUGGAGUUUGAGGUUUUUGGUGGCUGUGUUCUCAAUUGUUUCGACACACACGCGGAGGGCGGGAAGCGAUGAGUUGAGGUUCGGGCUGCGCAAGUGUUCUACUGACCAGAUUACGUAGACUGGUCCACCGGAGGACCUGAGAGUCCUGCCAGUGGACACAGCCCGAGCGUUACCCGAGUUCUACACCGGCAGCAAACAGGUGACGGCGUGUCGGCGAAUGAGCGUCACCCCGUACAAACCUUCAACCUGGAACGUGAAAGCCCCAACCUGCGGCCAGUGGUGUAUUCUAGCGUACGGGAAGAUCUCCAGCACAGUGUGUUUGUUCCAGCGCGGUCGUUACCCUACCCCCAACCCGGUUCGGUUUGUAGUCUGCAACUGGUCAGCAAGUUGCAGGUUAUGCAACCGGCUUAAAACGGCAAAGCAAACUUCAACGUGUGUGUGUUGCGAUGUGCUACUACCGGUUCACCUGUGUCCUGCUUGUCGUCAUUGCUUCCCGUGUUGACGGUGACGGCAGAUCGUCCAAAUCCACAAUCAGCCACCAUCAAUCAGCGUCUAGCGAUGAGUCAUUCACCCCACUGUCGCUGUACGGUGGCAAUCUGUUUCCUGCGGACGUACCCACCGAUGAGGAGCCAUUCGCCCCAACGCUGCCCGUACCGGAAAAACAAGUUUUAGAGUUAGGGAAACUGCGCGCGGACAUCGAGGCAACUUCCGCGAGUAGCCGCAAUGGCGGCGGUACGCGAUCUCAGGUACAGCCGGAUGUAGAACAUCAUCCGGCGGCCCAAAAAAUCUAUCCCACCUUCUUCCGCAACAUCCCACCGUUGGGCCAUUCGCGGCCGUACUAUCAGUCGACGGAGGCGGCCAUCGACCAGCGGUACAGUAAGCUACGGGCCGGUGUACCGACCGCAUCCGAACUGGCAUCACCCCUGCUCGGUUCGGGCGAUUUCGGCAUUAUUAAAGGUGGCACAUUCUAUUACGACACGGACGUCCCGAGCAAGGGUUUUGUGGACGAUUUCUAUGGCCUUGGCUAUAACAGCAAUAAUGGGCACGGUCGGCCCCAGCUGGCGUACCUCGUGCAGAAACCACAGAAGGAGGAACAGUUCUCCAAUUUCCGUGACUUUGCGGACAUCAACAUCUCCAACGAUCCGGCAUAUUCGCACCAUGCCCCACUGUACAUCGGUACGGACGGUGGUGGGAAACCACUGCCCGCGAUACCACCAUCCCACCCGUCUCCGGCAGCUGCCACAGUACCUGAAACCACCACAGCCGGUGCGGCGAAACGCGAACCGGAGAACAUACUCGACGAGCUGCGCUCGUUAGACGAGCUGCCGAAGCUCGAUGGCAAAAGCCGACCGCGGCUGCACGGCAAGGCGAAAAAGGAAACGCUUUUCGAGCGAAAAAAGCGACCAAAGGCCACGAAAACUGCCAAGAGCGUUACGGAGCAGCCGGACGGUGAAGAUUACAUGGUAGCUGCCAGCUAGAGCGAAGCUGUUCUUGCAGACUGUCUUUGCUCCGGUCAGUCUAACGCACAUCUUUCGAUGUGGUGGAAUACAUGUAGUUGGCUGCCUACAUGGUAAUAUGUACCAUCGACAACAGCCUCACAUUAGGCUUGUUCAUUAGUAAUUUCAUUUUUUUUUUUGUUUUUGCUUUUUUUGCAAGCGUUCCAAAUGUCUUUUUGUUGUCAUUUUGUGCUCCAUUACCUCUCAGCAAGGUGGAACAAAAUAAACAUUUGCAUGUCAUCGUGAGCUUCCCAAAAACACGUCGUCCUUCACGUUACCAUUAUGCUCAUCAUUAUCAUCAUUAUAGUCACAACUCAUCUUGAACAAAAAAAAACCAUGACCUGCUGUGUAACGCACAAUGUAACGCAUUAGAAGAAUUCCAUGUAGAAUAAUUUCUUGCCCACGCUUCCGUUCAGGCGCCAAGUCCAGCUAUUCGCUAGGAUCUCCGACUUAUCUCUCUUCAGUACAUUCGCAGUGGUUUGCGUUUCCAGCGCACUAACCAAAUGCUGUAGUUACCUUUCCUACCCAAUUUACACGGAGACUGGGAGACGCGUAGGCAGCUGGAGACAGAUAAUGGUUCUGGGUAGUGAAUGUGCAUAAUUGGAGACAAAUGUCUAUGCACGCACCAUCACACGAAUAACGAUGCGUAGGAAGCAUCUUCCCAAACGGGGGAGGAAGAAAAUAGUAUAAAACUGUGUGCUCCAACAUGACAUUGUUGAAUAAAAACGAAAUUUUACUCAAAUAACAAAA